GCCAAGUUGAAAGAGAGGGAGUCUUCAAGAAGGAUUGUUACUGUUGGAGGCACUGGUAUUGUCGCCAUUGAUGAGAACAGAAGAGAAGUUCGGAGACGGCGACCGCAUUGAAGGUUUCUGGGAAAAAAAUGCAUCUAUCACAUGUUUUCAUCUUCAGAUUACAAAGGAAAGGUCAGUUCUUUCUUGACAGCAGUUCCAUUGAUUCCAAGUAACAGCUGAUGAUCUUUGAAACACAUUCUUUCAACCAACCUUGUCUGAGGUGCAAUCAAAAGAUAUCAAUUCAAAGGUAUGCAGUCUGAUAUAUCAUAUAUUUAUAAAUUUUUUGAGGUUUAAAUUCAAAUAUAUAUGUCUUUAGUUCUUAGUUGCUCUAAAUGGGACUUUAAAAGGCUAUUUUACUGGCAAGAAAGGGAUAAGGCAGGCUGCGAAGGAGGGAGUGCUACCUUACCACCCUAAAUGCAGUAAUGUUGGACAGACUCAUCUAUGAUUUGCAGAUGAGUUACUAAUAUUUAUGGAUGGUUCAACAAGAGCAAUAGGUGCUAUUGAUCCUAUACUGAGACAGUUUUAUUUGGUAACAGGGUUGAAGGUGAACUACCAUAUAUCAGAAAUUUUUUGUUGGGGAAUGCAACAUAAUGCCAUAAGGGAGUUAACUGAUUUGUCUGGUUUUGAAGGUGGGGACCCUUCCUGUUAGAUACCUUGGGGUACCACUUAUAACUGGAAGGCUAACAGAUGCUGCUUAAAACCUCUCAUCACAAAAAUAACUGAUAAAAUCAGUUUGUGGACUUCCAGAUAUCUGUCAUUUGCAGGGAGAUUACAGCUUAUUUCAUCUGUUCUUCAGAGCAUAACAAAUUUUUGGUGUUCUAUUAUCAGUGGAGGAUAUUUGCAAAGCUUUUCUUUGGAAAGGAAGAGCAGCUGAUGCAAGAGGAGCCAAGGUAAGUUGGCUAGCAGUAUGUCAACCAAAGAUGGAAGGAGGAUUAGGCUUGAAGCUUUUGCACAAUUGGAAUGUGGCUUACAUUUAUUUGGCUACUUUUCACCAAGGCAAGAUCUAUUUUGGUGGCAUGGAUGAAAGCUUAUUUGCUUAAAGAAAAGAGUUUUUGGUCAGUAAAAAUUCCAGCAGACACUACUUGGAGCUGGAGAAAAAUCCUAAAACUUAGAACAUGCACUAGACCUCUGGUGAAGCAUAUAUUAGGUAAAGGUGACACUGUUUUCUCUGGUAUGAUUCUUGGCAGCCCAAAGGAUCUCUUAUUGAAGUAUAUGGGCAGAAAAUUAUGCAGGAUGCAGCUAUUCCCUCUCAAGCAAAAUUUUCUCACAUAAUCCAAGGGGAUUAUUGGAAAUGGUCUCCUGCCAGGUCACCUGAGCUACAGAAGAUUCAAAUUGCUUUGUGUGGGACAUUAUAUCCUAAUCAGGCUAUGGAGGAUCAGGUUGUUUGGUUGGCCUCUCCAUCAGGUUCCUUUCAAACAGGUGCUACUUGGAACUUCCUUAGAGAAAAGAGAUCUAAGGUACUCUGGUUUAGACUUCUUUGCUACUUAAAUUCUAUUCCCAAACACAGUUUUUUUUGCUUGGCUAGCUAUAUUGGAUAGACUCUCUACCAAGUCCAGAUGGAAGAACUGGUCCUCUUCCAUUGAUGACACUUGUGUACCAUGUGGGAAUGCAAGUGCUCAGAAAUCAUCUCCUCUUCUCCUGUCCCUAACUCUACACAUAUUUCAUAUUUGGGAUAGGAUUUCAUCUAUGCUGGAAAUCCCAUUGAACUGCAUUUGGCAAGAUACUUUGGAUUGGUUUUGGAAGAGAGUUAAACAUAAAGUUUUGUAUAGUUCUCUUCUGAAAUUAGCUUGGUGUGCAUUAAUAUAUCAUAUUUGGAUUGAAAGGAACAACACGAUACAUAAGCAGCUGUACAGGUCUCCUUCUGCACUAAUUGAUGUGAUUCAAAUGGAUGUUUGAGGCAGAAUAUUGGGGUUUGUAAAGGAAAGGUCUUCUCCCAUGCCAAGAUAUAUUAUAUGUCUUUAGUUGUUGAGGCAGGUUAAGUUUUUGUUUGUUUAUUCCUGUUAAGAUCCCAAAUUGAAUUUGUUGCUUUUUCUGAUCAUCCUUUUCUUCCCCCUCUUAUAACUUUUACCAAAAGCAGUUUCUUUCCACAUACUUGUCUAAAAAAGAAGUUUAGGAAGCACUUGAAUUGGUAUUGACUAUGGCUCAUCUGAUAUUCCAGGAGAUAUGAUAUAUGGUGCAAAAAAGAAAUUGGUUUUGUUAUCUGUCUCAUAAAAAGAAAUUGCAUACUUCUUGGAUUUGUUGCUGAGGCAGGCUAGACUAUUGUUUG